GACGAGGAGGAGAAGGAGAUGGACUGGAGAGUGAGUAUAGGUAUACUACGUAGGAGGUGAGCGGGGAAUCAUGAACCUAACAUAAUUCAAUCUGAAGACUCUGAAUCAGUUUAGUUUAGCUUUUGCUCCUCGAUUGCACCCGCGACCAAUCAGUCUCAACGCCAAUGUUCCCUCUGGUUUCUCACAUAAUUCUGAACGUUGAUCAAGUGAUCUAAUCUCUUCGACCCGCGUCAAUCGUUCUCACACGCUAUCUGAGCUCGCCGACUUGAUUAUUUACCUACUAUCUUGGAUGUCGUGAAGGGAAAAGGAGGAACUAUACUUAUAAUGUGCUCACGUUAAAUUGUUAAAAAGUUUGUUAUUUGUUGUUUUUAAACCAACGGGAGAUAUAUCGCAAUGGAAACAAAUGCGGCCGUUGUUAAUGGGGACGAAGUUCCCUAUCUGCGUAAUAAUUCAAAAAAAAAUGCACAAAUCGAAGAUAUUCUGCAAAACAACAAUGGUGUGAAAGACGGUUCCCAGGAGAAAUUAUCGUUUGAAAAUAAUUCCAAUACCGAUCUUUCCUCGGAUCGUUCGAAAUCCGAAGAUGAAAUACUUGGCAGAAGUAUGUCGAUGGAUAAAAUACGUAACCGACUGCAGCAAAUGGAGAAAGAUCUUACAGAACAAGUCAGUCAUCAAGUGAAAGAAAUGAUAUCCGAAGUGAUGGAACAAUUGGAAAAAGUACAACCUGAAAAAUUGAUAAACGAUCUAUUCGAUGAAUCUAGUAAAACCAAUAAUAAGAAAAAGUCAUCAAAGCCAGGUUCCCUACCGGAAAAAGAAUUCUUAAGCAGAAAUUCCCCACUAACCGAUCUAUUCAAGAUCAAACAUAUCAGAGCAAUUUAUCAUAUAUUCAUUGUUAUCUUUAUAAUUCUUUUCAUCAAUACUGCAGUUUACGACAUCGUAGAUACCGGCUCAACUAACUUGGGAGUAAACACGAUAAUGAUCGGUUUUGGUAAAUUAAACAAAGUGUUUUGUAUAUGGUUGGGAAUGAUGCUUACAUCUUUAGGAGUUUACCUCGCAUUCAGUUUCUGGGCGAAUCAACGCGUCCAAAUAUCACCAGGCUCAAUGAAACUAAAAAUCUGGGAUUAUGGAUGGUUGAUCAGUUUAAUUGCAUACCAGAUUUCAUUCAUUGUGUUUCCAGUAAAAGCAUUACUUGAAGAGGAUCUACCUCCAGCUUCUAGUUUGAUAAUACUAAUGGAACAGGUGCGGCUGAUGAUGAAGAUACAUGCAUUCGUCAGAAGUGCCGCCCCACGUACUCUUAACUUCAAACCACACACAGAAAAAAACGGGGAAACUACCUGUCCGGAAUUUUCAAAGUUCUUGUAUUUUUUAUUCUGUCCCACUUUAAUAUAUCGAGAUAGUUACCCGCGGACGAACGUAAUUCGAUGGCGUUUUGUUCUUUGGCACUACACGGAAGUUAUUAUAGUAGUUUUUGCCGUAGUGUUCUUAUUUGAGAGACUUUUGAUACCGGUAUUCAAACAAUUCGGUACGAAUCCAUUAGAACCUGGAACAUUAGUGCUCAGCAUAUGCGGCACAAUGAUGCCCGCAAUUUUGGCUUUCCUUAGUGCAUUUUAUUGCCUUCUUCAUUCUUGGAUGAACGCGUCUGCGGAACUUCUUCGAUUCGCUGACAGAAUGUUCUACAAGGACUGGUGGAACGCGACAUCCUAUAGUGUAUAUUUUCGAACGUGGAACAUAGUGAUACACGAUUGGUUGUACAGUUACAUCUAUAAAGACAUGUACGAAUUGGUGACGCGAGGUAACAAGAUUAUCUCAACAUUGACGGUAUUUACGGUAUCAGCGAUUUUUCACGAAUACAUUCUAGCAUUUGCAUUCAGAUUUUUCUACCCAGCGUUAUUCGUAUCCUUCGCUGGUGUAAGUUUAAGUUUCGUUUUUCUCUCACGAAAAAUUGAAAAGGCAGGUGGUAACGUUUUCAUAUGGUUAACGCUGUGCCUAGGGGUUGGAGUCAACUUAAGUUUAUAUUCAAUGGAAUUUUAUGCAAGAAUUAAUUGCCCAGCUCAUCCAGAUAAAUAUUUGGAUUUAAUAAUACCUAGGAGUUGGACCUGUCACAAUUUAACAUAGUCAUAAUAAAUAGAGUAUAUAGAAUCGAGCUUUGCUUAUCUAAAGUCUAGCUGUCUGUAGCUUCCUCAUUGCCAGCAAUAUUGAAAUAUUCAAUAAAUUGAUCUCUGAUUGAAGAUACUGUUCUCUGAUUGUGAUUUGAUUGUUAAUCAAUCGGUUUCGUAUACUUCAAAUAAUCGUUAAGAAAGUCAUUGAGUUCGAAGUCAGAUUAGUAAUUUUUAGUUUGUGAUGGUAUUAAUGUGGUUGCUGUUUCUUCCGUUUUAAAUAGAAUCAUCCACAGAAUGUCGUUAUUUAAACGCGUAGGUAUGGAUUUCUCGAUAAUAAAAACAACGUAACAGUUUAUAUUUAUAUUCAGGAAAAGCUGUUAUGUUUUACGAAUAAAUUAAUUAAAAUUCAACAAUUUUCAAUUCCGAAUGCAAUUAUCCUACCUGUUUUUAUGUUUCAUUUAUAUAAAAUAAUAUAAAGUUAUAGGUGUACAUGAACAUAAAUUAAACGAAACCCCUUUUUUAGAAGAAAUAAGUCUUAACAAGAACAUUUAUUAUCAAGUCUUACAUACACUUCCUUAUACUCAAUGAUAAUACAAUAGAACCUCUUUUUCUAUACAAAUUAAUUUACGAGAUACUGUAUAAUUCGUGAUCCUUCACAUGGUACAGUAUUAAAAUAAAAAAAAAAAAAAAAAAAA